CCGCUAUGAGCUGCAGGAGACCCUGGGCAAAGGCACUUACGGCAAAGUCAAAAGGGCCACCGAGAGGUUUUCGGGCCGAGUGUGUUUGUGGAGAGCUGGGCAGGUCAGAAGUUGCAAAUGCUCCAGAAUGUGAGUCCAUUCCUGCUGUGGCUAGCUGUGGCCCACCCUACAACAGUCAAGGUAUAGCUGCAGGCUGCUGAUAACAAGGAGUUGUUCUUCUGCAGAUAAGUCCAUGUUUUAUCAUCUGGUAUGGGAUAGCUGCCUUUCACCGAGGAAAGGAUGGAGAGUGGAGGUCAGAAGAAGGCCUGUUUGGGAGGGAGAUAACUAAGCAGGCUUUUGGAGUCAGCAGCAGAUUGGUUGGGGGGCUUCCUGUUUACCCAUGGAUACCUCUUCCCACUUUGCCUCUCUUAGAACCUUGGAUGAUUAAAUCACCAACCAACUUGUUUAUGAGCAAAGUGUAUCUACUGGCAAAUGUAUUUUUCCUCAUUAGAUUUCUAUCGUCACUUAAUGCCUUUUUAUUUAUGGCUUUCUUUUGAGAAAUUUCUGCUCUGACCCUGGCAAUUCUCUGGUUUGGAUUUGCAGACUGCAUUGGCAGGGAGCUUUUGGAACCCACUGGGCUGGGCACAGACAUGAGAGAGCUGUCACUCCCUUUGUUUUAUCCCGAUUUGUCUCUGGAAGAAUCUCUUUGCAUGCCACAUGCUAUUGAAGGUGCCUUGGAAGGGAGGAAGGAAUUGCCUUCUGAGCAACUGCAUAUGCACAGCACAGGCUGGAGUCCUCAAAGCCCAGGUUUGAGGCAGAACUGGCUUCGAGAUGGCCAUGUAGUGAUGCUUUUGUAAGUCACUACUGUGACUGCUGCUCGGUGGAGCUGAGUAGUCUGAAUAGCACCUCACACGUUUAGUCAUCAACACCCUGCAAACGGAGCUCACCUUCUUUUCUUUUUCAAAGGAUCAGAAUUUCUAGAGUAAAUGAAUCUGGCCAUGUUAAGCAGCCUCUGCUUUAUGAAAAAAACCCAAGAUCCCAAUCCCAAGAUUGUUAAAACCUGAUGUUUUCUGUUGCAGGAGAAGGAGGUCUUAGCUGUAAAUGAAAGACAUGACAAGGGGGUAUUUCGAAGCUUUGUUUUGGCGAUUGUCCGUUUUGCCAACAAGUAACAUCUGUAUUUAUUUUCCAAACUUCCCCAAUGGCUGAUUUGCAUCUGUUUAGUUCUCUGAGUAACAUUUCAUUUCCUGACUUUAUAGGUUGCUAUAAAAUCCAUUCGUAAGGACAAAAUUAAGGAUGAACAAGACAUGGUUCACAUCAGACGAGAGAUUGAGAUCAUGUCAUCCCUCAACCAUCCUCAUAUCAUCAGUAUUUAUGAAGUGUUUGAGAACAAAGAUAAGAUUGUGAUCAUCAUGGAAUACGCCAGCAAAGGGGAGCUGUACGAUUACAUCAGUGAGCGUCGACGGCUCAGUGAGAGGGAGACCAGACACUUCUUCCGGCAGAUCGUCUCCGCUGUGCACUAUUGUCACAAGAACGGAGUAGUCCACCGGGACUUGAAGCUGGAAAAUAUACUGCUUGAUGACAACUGCAAUAUUAAGAUUGCUGACUUUGGCCUUUCCAACCUGUACCAGAAGGACAAGUUCUUGCAAACAUUUUGUGGGAGCCCCCUCUAUGCAUCCCCUGAAAUUGUCAAUGGGAGGCCUUACCGGGGGCCAGAGGUGGACAGCUGGGCCUUGGGCGUGUUGCUUUACACUCUCGUUUAUGGAACAAUGCCCUUCGAUGGUUUCGAUCACAAAAACCUCAUUCGGCAGAUCAGCAGUGGAGAGUACCGGGAGCCCACGCAGCCCUCAGAUGCUCGAGGCCUCAUUCGGUGGAUGCUGAUGGUGAACCCUGAUCGCCGGGCCACCAUUGAGGACAUUGCCAACCACUGGUGGGUGAACUGGGGCUACAAGAGUAGCGUCUGUGACUGCGAUGCCCUUUGUGACUCUGAGUCCCCACUCUUGGCACGGAUCAUCGACUGGCAUCACCGUUCCACGGGGCUGCAGGCUGAGGCUGAAGCCAAAAUUAAGGGUCUGACCAAACCUGGGGCCUCUGAGGUCAUGCUGGAGCGGCAGAGGUCACUGAAGAAGUCCAAGAAAGAGAAUGACUUUGCCCAGUCCGGCCAGGACUCAGUGCCUGAAAGCCUAUCCAAGUUGAAUUCCAAGAGGCCCAAAGGCAUCCUGAAGAAACGAAGCAACAGUGAGCAUCGCUCUCACAGCACAGGCUUCAUUGAAGGUGUCGUGAGUCCUGCCUUACCAUCUCCUUUCAAGAUGGAGCAGGACCUGUGCCGGACUGGUGUGCCCCUCCCCAGCUCCCCCGAGGCAGAUGUGCCGGGGAAACUCAGCCCCAAGCAGUCAGCCACUUUGCCCAAGAAGGGCAUCUUGAAAAAGACCCAGCAGAGAGAAUCAGGUUACUACUCAUCGCCAGAGCGCAGCGAGUCCUCAGAGCUGCUGGACAGUAAUGACAUGAUAGGCAGUGGUCUCCCUUCCCCUAAUCCCCCGGACCCAACCAGGGUGACUUCCCACAGCCUGUCCUGCCGGAGGAAGGGCAUAUUGAAACACAGCAGCAAGUACUCGGCAAAUGCCAGGGACCCGGCCCUUGCCAGCCCCGAUAUGCCCACACUGGAAUCCUUGUCAACACCUGGCAUCCCUGCUGAGGGGCUCUCCCGGAGCUACAGCCGUCCCUCCAGCGUCAUCAGCGAUGACAGUGUCCUGUCCAACGACUCCUUCGACUUGUUAGAUUUGCAGGAGAAUCGCCCCGCUCGCCAACGCAUCCGCAGCUGUGUCUCUGCUGAAAAUUUCCUUCAGCUCCAGGACUUUGAGGCACUUCACAACCGUCCCCGGGCCCAGUACCUGAAGCGGUACCGGAAUCGGCUGGCAGACAGCAGCUUCUCCCUCCUCACAGACAUGGAUGAUGUGACUCAGGUCUAUAAGAAAGCUCUGGAGAUCUGCAGCAAACUCAACUAGCCCUCCAGGGCUCGGGGGAUGGGACGGGUGGGUGCAAGGGAGGAAGGGGAGCAGGACUUGUACUAACAGGCUGGUUACCACUGUGCUGGCCAUGACGACAGACUGAAAAAAGACUGGCGCCAUCUGGCUUGGCCAGGUUUGCAGCCUUGAACCAGCACCUAAAAAGGAAAAAACAGCUCUCUGCCAAUUCUGCCAACUGCCAGUCAGAAUAUGUGUCCUAAUUGGCAUUUGCAUAUGGCACCUUGUAGAGGACAAGCUGUCUAGAGAAUGUGGUGUUGGCCAGCACUUAGUGGGAGGGGGUCACAAGGAGGAGGAUGCAUUUCCCUGGAAGUCAUCCAAAUACUUCUGGAGGAGGUAUAAGAGACUGGGACCAUCUACUUUGGAUGAGCUCAAAGAGCUUGCUCAUUUUCUCAUGUUAGCAAGCUUGGCCUGACUGCUUGGGGCUGGCAAGAUUUUAGCAAUCUGAGCUUGAAUUGGUGAUCAGUUGAUAAUGUCUAGAGGAUGUGCUGGUUUGAGCAGCCCAGGCACAUCAGAGAAUGCUGUGCUUGAGUAGUAAUGGCUGCCAUGGGAAUGGGAGGGAAGGCAGUAGCAAUCAUGCUAUGUAGUUGUCAUCUUGGAUCUGGCUAAGCCUGGGCAUUAGGUUAAAGCAUUCUGUGGAAUCUGUGCUAACUCUUCCAUGCCAUUUGUUAAUUUGCUACUUGAUCUUGAGUGGAAGGCAGGGCUUUGGUUAGAGUUUAGGACAUUCUCUAAACUGUUUUUUAAGGACACAGAGUCAGCCCAUGGUAAUUUUUUGGCUCCUUGCUGUCUGCCUCCUCUUUCCUGAUGUCUGCCUUGCUCUUCAGCACAACCUCCUGAGGGUGGACAGGGAAACAAGAUAGCACUGCGGGAGGCCAAUACUAUGAUGUAUGAUAGAGCACAAGACCCUCUGUGGUCUUUGCACAGGUGAAUGGAAGGUGAUGCACACCAGCAAGGGGCAACUUGUCACUUUCUUUAAUGUCUCAAUAUUAACUGGAAUGCUGCCUCUUUGGUUCUCACCUGCAUGAAUGCUUUGGAUGUGAUACUGUCUGCAAUCUCCAAGGGAGUACUGGCCCAACAGUUGGCCUUGUUCACUGACAGUGUUUUUACCCUCUGCAGAGUGUGGAAUCCUCAGUGGUAGAGGAGUUUGUGUCUAGGGAGUUAGUGUGUAGGUGGGACAGUUAGAUGAGGAAAGGAAAGUCAAACAGAAGGUGCUUUGUUCCCCAAAUCUAAGUAUUCUGUAUCAUGGUUUUGAACUUUGACUUGAACUCCUGGGCUUUGUGGGGAAAGCAUGUUCCAUCCCUUUAGAGGAACAAGGUGUUGAAAGAGCAGAGUAGAUCAGGAAGAAGUUUAGAGGAGAGAAACAUUUCCUUAGGAGUCAUCCAGAUGGCUCUGGAGGAGGUAUAAGAGAAAUGUGGCAGGACUCUUAACAUUUUAAAAACUAGUUAUAUAAUUUCUAAGUGCCCAGAUUAUAAGUGAUUCCCACAAUGGGCAUCUUGAGAGUACUGGAUUUGAAGUUAACGUCUGUGGGAUGUCUUUGGAUUCCACUGGCUUAGGCAAAUCAAAAUCUUUGUCUUGAGGUGGCCAACUUCUGAUAACCCCUUAAAGAGACAGAAGGAAGGGUGUUGAGAUAUCUUUGGAGUAACCAGAAUUCACCUUACAGCUAAGAACAGUAAUUAGGAUGACAUUGUCCUUUCCUUAAGGAGACAGUUCUGUUUCUGCCCUUGCUACUAGCUCUGGUGUUUUUGGCUUGUGUAUUCAUUCCUUCAGGUUGAACUGAGCAGUGCAUUAUGGGAAGCUACUUGGUUUCCUUUCAUUCAAUUCCAUGUCCUUCCUGAACUCCAAUAGAGGCUAAAAGGGAAAAAAACUAUAGAUAGUAAAUAGUUUUGGGGGUGUGUGGUGCAUGGAGGGCAGUCUGCAGCCUCUGAGCUCUCCCAUCUCCUUGCCUCUUAUAAGCAGCCUUCUCUGAACAGCUCCUAUCACACUACACUGCUGGCCUCUGAGCAUGGCAGCUGACCUCAUCCGUAGCUGUCAUAUGACUUAGGCAUAACACUCAUCUACUAAUUGAUGUGAUUUUCCCAUUUGCCAAUUAAUCACAUCUGCUUAGUCUUUUCCAUCAUUCUAAUCUUUAAGUUAAAAUGACGUUAUUCAGGAUAACCAUCCUACUCCUUUCUCCCUCCCCACAAACACUAGUAUGCUCUCUUUUGUCAGUAAGCCCAGAUCAUGAAUUGUGGCCAAAAAAUGUCCUUCAGAAGCCGAGGCUGAGAUGAGACCUGGUCUGUUGUGAGAUCUGGUGGCCUUGGCACCUGCAGUUAUGGGAGCUGUUUUCCUAUCAGUUAGGGCUGGAGGGUGGAUGGGCUGGUCUCUCAGGCCCUGCUCAGUUCUGGCAUUCUGCUGACAUGUCUGCUUCUAGACGUGAUGACUGUCCUUUCAAGGAAAAAUUUGGAAUAGAGGGAAAAGCCCUUAAAAGUAGCUUCCCUACUGCUUCCUGAUCAAGUCCCAUCAUCCCUACCAGCCAAUCCCCAGCCAAAGAAUUUAUGCUUGACUCAUUUCUAUGGAAUUCCAAGGGAGAGACACUUUGAUAACCUGAUCUCCUGGUCCUUUCCUUGCCUAUGGGGCCCUUCCAGCUCUUAGUUUACACAUCUGCCAAAGGGGUGGAAUAUUUCUUUUACAGGUAAAUUUCAAGGCAUGAUCAGUUUUCAGGAAGUGCUUCAAGACCCCAGGCA